AUGCGAACCAAUCAUGCUACAGCAGAAUUAGACAAUGUUAAUCGGCAACUUCAAUUAAUAGUCGAACUGAUUGUACCUGUGAAACAAGCCAAACGUAACUUAUGGCGUCUGGUAAUCAAUGGAGAAUCUAAGAAUUCACUUACCGCCUCUGUGUUUGGUUAUUGUGAUAUUUAUAAUGAUUUAUAUUCAACGAUAACUUCAGGACCAAAUGACAAUUUAGUUGGCUAUUUUGUCCAGUUGGACCGACUGAAUGAUGCUAUUAUGUAUUUUAAACGCAUAGCUGUCGUCGAUGAGCAAAAACGUUUAAUCGCUUUAUAUGGUAUUGGACUACAAAAACUUAUCGAAGCAUGUGACGAAGUUAUCAUGCGAUAUACUAAAUCAAUAUUACCCGAUGAAUUGCUUGAAUUAUGCCGGUCAACAUCAUUAAUAUCAAUGAAUACUGAAAACAUGCAAAGUUAG